AAUCAUUGUUUACGAAGUAGAAGUAGAGGUUUCACUAAAAUUUACUUCAGUUAAAACUGAAAAAUAGUGUGGUGAAAAUGGCAAUUAGAUCAGCUGUUCAAGACUUUGGUUUUUAAACAAAAGAUUGUAAGCUCUCUAUGAUAUAUAUGCUCGAAGCUAUAUAGUGUCCACCCCCGAUACCUUUUAUAUUCUGUGAUCAAUAUGGCUGAUAAUUGUGUAGUUUGGUAACUGUGUUUUUUCUGUUAUUAGUAAUGAUUUUGUGUAUAAUUUGUGGUUCGCUGCUGGAUAUUUCGAGAUCUUAGGGAGGAUAUAUCCGUUGGGCGGCCGGCCGGCCAUGGCCUCUGCGGUCCAGAAGAACGGCAUCAAGGCGCUGACCAACGGCAGCCUGGGCCACCUGGAGGCCAGGGAGCCGCCCCGCCAGGACGACCCCAAGCAGGACGUGAGGGAGGGCAUGCUCCCGGAGGUGGCCAGCGAGGCACCCGAGAUAGACAUUGUGAUAAACAACGUGGUGUGCAGCUUCAGUGUGCGCUGCCACCUGAACCUCCGCCAGAUCGCACUCAACGGUGCGAACGUGGAGUACAGGCGGGAGAACGGGAUGAUCACCAUGAAGCUGCGCAAGCCCUACACCACUGCCUCCAUCUGGUCGUCGGGCAAGGUGACCUGCACCGGGGCCACCAGCGAGGACCACGCCAAGGUGGCGGCCCGGCGCUUCGCCAGGUGCCUGCAGAAGCUGGGCUUCAAAGUCAGGUUCAACAACUUCCGGGUGGUGAACGUGCUGGGGACGUGCUCGAUGCCCUUCGCCAUCAGGAUCACCGCGUUCUCGUCGCGGCACAGGCCCAUCGCAGUCUAUGAACCAGAACUUCACCCCGGAGUCACGUAUAAGAUCGAACAACCCAAAGCAACAUUGAAAAUAUUUUCGACUGGUAGUAUCACAGUAACAGCGCCCAGCGUGGCGGCGGUGCAGGCCGCCAUAGAACACAUCUUCCCUCUAGUCUACGAGUUUCGGAAGGAGCGCACGAAAGAGGACUUGCUUGCGUUGCAACUCAAAAAACAGGGCUCGAAGCGCAAGUGUCGGUUUUCUCACAUUGAAGUGGAAGACGCGGAGGACUGUGUGGAGGAACUCGCUGAAACGUCGGAGGAGGAGAACUACGAGAGCGACAAGAGCUGGGACUGAUCGCGAGGAACGUGCGCAGGUGUGAAUCGAAAACAUUUCGAGAAUGUGUGUUCUUCACAAGCAAUCACAGUUUUCGCUGACUGGAAAGAGUUUUUAUUUUUUUCAAAAACCUUUUCUUUAGUUUAGUUUGGAUUUUAUUUCGCACAUUUCUGAAAUGCCUUAACCGUGUAUCAGAUCACCUGUGGAGGUGGUUUCGUAUUGGUUUUCGUACCACGUGUUGUUUGUUAUUUAUUAUUUUACAGUAAACAUAGCUGUGAACUGAAUGUUUGUACAUAAUUUAUAAGUUGAUUUUGCUGAAGUACUAACUCAGUGGCUAUAAUAUUUAUUGAACUUUACAGUCAUUUAUAAUAAAUUAGUAAUAUUAGCAUGCAGUGUGAUAUAAACAAAUACAUAAAGCAUUACAUUUGUCGUUUAGUCAUUGUUAGAAGCACCUAAGUCUUUGGUAUUUUUCCUUGUGUGUUUGUGACUUUCAAGCUUUCAAUGCAGUAAAAUUCAAUGACUUGAAUUUAAAAAUCAUUCCAUGCUAUGCAUUCUGGUGACAAUACAAUUUUUUUUAUAAACUGUUUGGUUCUUAAUUUAAGACAAACAUUGAGUAAUUUUAUGUGGAGCAAGUAAGAAUGCUUGAAAUUUAGACAGAAUAUUGCCGAACCUUAAGUUCGUGAAACUUAUUGACAAGCAAAUUUUUUUGUUCUGUAUCUGGAUUAAUGUUAAGUAAAUGAAAACUCUAUUAGCAUAAAAAAAUAUAUAGCUUUUGAUUAAAAAAAUCUGAGUGUGUUCUGUUAUGCUGAAUCUCAAAAAGUGUAGUUUUUUAUUUGUUUCUUAUUUUUCAUUAAGUUCCUUAUAACAUUUCUGAUGGCUUUAAAACAUGACUAUGCACCAAUUUAUUUUGUAUGCCUCCUAAAGUAUAUAUAUUUUUAAAUUAUACACUGGAAAUGUUUAUAUUAAGAUACUCACAUCCUCUUAAAAGCAGGUUAAUUUCAAUACUAGCCGAGUCAGUUUGAAGUUAAUGAACUGUAAUGCUCUCUGAAGUGGAUGCUAGUGUUUGUACUGCACUUUCAGAAACAAGCGAGCAGAUAGGGUGCUAUCUGCAGCUGCGAAUGAUGAACUGGAUUAUUGUUACCACGUUUUUGUGUCGUGUAGUGUUUUUAACUCUGGUAUGAUGCAGUUAGUCAUCUUAUUGCUCUUGAUUGCAGUAACGGAACUAAAAUUAAAACUGUUAUAAACAUUGAAUAAGUAGGUUCUAGUUGCAUUACAGUGAGUAGUUGAUAUUGUUGAUUUGUAUAAAAUUUAUAAUUAUUGUAGCUAUUAUUUGCAAUUUCAUAAAAAAAAAAUAUUUUCAAAUGACUUAUUUUGCCAAGAUAAGUUUACUAAAUUUUAUCUCUUCAGACAAUGUGUUAAAGUAGAAGCUCAAGAAAUUCUGAAAUUGAUGUAAAGAAAGUGUGUUCAUUUCCUACUCUCAGUAAGUGCGGUAUCCAUGGAUACCUGUUUUAGAGAAUUAGUGUUACUGCUUUUUUCUUCAGAAUAUUUUGAUGAUAAAAUACUCAGCAUCUGCUAAAAUAAAACCUUUUCAAGUCAAAAAAUAGUUAUAAACAUGUGAGCCCAAAUUCAUAGAAAUGCAUUUUCUUUGCAGCGUGAGUGCAUUAAUACGGCAUGCAAAUGCACACAGAUCGAAGAUUAACUGCCACGUCAGGCCUUGCUGUUGUCACAGCUUCAUAUCUAACAAUUCAAUUAAAUCCACACCCACUGAUUGGUCAAAACUUUGUGUCACAUGACAUAACUCGGAGAGUUCCAAGUAUGUCCCUUGGGUGGCGAGAGAUUGUCACUGGUCUGACUGCGUAGUUGGUAUCACUGCCUUGUUUUGUAAGGCUUUUGGUGCAGCGACAAUUUUGCAUCUAAACUAUGAAGCCUUUUUUUAUACCUAUUGCUUGAGCCAAGAUUUUAUGGUGUUAUAAAAAAGCAAGUUUCGCCAUUGAGGAUUUUGUCUUUAUCAUCAUUAAAAAUUAAAACAACACAUGCAAUAAGUACAUAUCAAGCACAAUAACUUUCAUCAACUGCUUUAACAGUCCGUGGUAAUACACUUAAAAUGUGUACAUAAAACAAUACAUAUAUUGGUAAGAGUAAGUUAAUCAAAAAUUGUAACUAUAACAUUCAAUAUUCUUUUGUAAUUGUGUAGUUUACAAUUAAUAUAUACAUAUAAAAACUAUAUGGAAUGUUAAAAAUCCAAAAUCAUUAUGCUCAUACAUUUCUGUGUGACUUUAGCCAUUUAUGUAACUAUAGACUGCUAUGCUUUACUUUGUAAAAACUAUACAUAGAGAGUAAAUAAUUUUUUGUUACUUAUUGGAUAAUAUUUAAGGUUUUCAUAUAAGGCAUAAACUAAAUAUUUCUUCUAUUAAUUCUAUAUUUUAAUAAAUAAAAUGAGGCAAUUGAGGUACUUUCGCUGCAUUUCGGUGUUACGCAGUGUAUUGACUUCCGUUACAGUGUUUCGGGGUGUAUCGAGUUCAGUUAUUUUGGUUGUUUCGCUAUUCACCAUAUAAUCUUGCCUCUACCUAUUGAUGAUUCUUUGAUAUUCAUUAGUGACACUUGGCUGUAAAGUAAAUGCAUGAAAACCUACCAUUAUUUAUGUACAUGUUUAAGUAAGUGUCUAAAUUGUAGAUGCACGCUACAACAGACUGCAUAUAUAAUUAUAAAAUGGGCCAUUAAAGAAAGAUAUGUUGUAAUAAUCAAUGUAUUUGUCUUUUGUGUUGCAUGACUAGUAUUUAUUUGUCGAGUCCAUGCAGUUUCCAGCCACUGGUAUUGUUUUCUCAGCAUUUCUGGUGAAACAGUUCCCUUAUUGGUUUCAUUAUUCAAAUUUUUAAAGUUCUGUGAAAGGGUGUGUAUAUAUUGGAAAUUGUUGUGUUAUUCAUGGUAGUUUUUCCUUGCUGAAUACCAGACUUGUUUAUUCCAUUUUGCAAACUUGUGGUGCUUCAGGCUGCGUGAGAUGUGCCCGAAUCUUCGGGAAGGGCUUCGUGCAAGCAGUCAUCAUUUCUGUUAGAGUUAGCACUUGCAAACGUUAUUGCUUAGUUUUACAUAUUUCUCAUUUAAAAUGUUUUGAGACUGCAGUGUUAUUUAUGUAAGUACCUACAAAUUAAAUUGCCUGCUGGCAACAUCUGUUAUUUUUAGUUUUUGUAUAACUAGGUAAUUAAAAAAGAAUCAGAUGUAAUAAAAUUGACUGAAUGAUA